CCAGCGCCCCUCGCUCAGAGCUGGGGACUCUUCUGUCCAGCCUCGCGCCCUCACCAUGCUGUUCUGGCACAGCCAGCCCGAGCACUACUGGCCGGGGCCAGGGGAGAUGUACCCCUGCUCCGGCGGCAAUCUGCUCAGGGAGUCCCUGGCACUGCCCUUCCUGAAGCAGGAGGAGCAGAACAACAUCUCUACGUCGGCCGAGCUGCACUGCCCGGCCUUCCAGUACGUGCUCUGCACCCCCACCUCGCCCGCCAUCAAACAGCACGAGGAGACCCUCACCUACCUCAACCAAGGCCAGUCCUACGAGAUCCGGAUGCUGUGCAACCCCAAGCUGGGCGACUUCUCCGAGUGCCGGAAGCUGCUGAAGAGCGUGGCCAGGGUGGUGUUUCACGACCGGCGCCUGCAGUACACGGAGCACCAGCAGCUGGAGGGAUGGAGGUGGAACCGCCCCGGCGACCGCAUCCUGGACAUCGACAUCCCCCUGUCUGUCGGGGUGCUGGAGCCGCAUAUCCACCCCACCCUGCUGAACACGGUGGAGUUCCUCUGGGACCCCGCCAAGAGGACGUCCGUCUUCAUGCAGGUUCACUGCAUCAGCACCGAGUUCACGCUGCGCAAGAACGGGGGUGAGAAGGGCGUCCCCUUCCGCAUCCAGAUCGACACCUACAAGGCCAACGAGAAGGGCGAGCAUGUGGAUCACCUGCACUCGGCCAGCUGCCUCGUCAAAGUGUUCAAGCCCAAAGGAGCAGACAGGAAACAAAAAACUGACCGGGAGAAAAUCGAGAAACAGUCACCGCAGGAGCGAGAAAAAUACCAGCCUUCCUAUGAGAGCACAGUGCUGGCAGAGUGCGGCCCCUGGCCUGAAGCCUCCAGCAGCCCCAACAGCCCCCCAGCCACCCCCGGGCUCCCUUCACCUCACGCCUUCAAGCUGCUGCCCCCCGAAAGAGGUUGUUCCUCGCCCAGCUGCCCCUCAGACAGCCCAGCAGAGAACACGGCCGAGGCUCUCAGUCCCUGUGCCUCCAUCUUGGAAACCCAGCAGUGGCUGCACAAGAAUCGCUUCUCCGGUUACUGCAGGAUGUUGGCUAAUUUCACAGGAGCCGACCUGCUGAAGCUUUCCCGCAGUGACCUCAUCCAGAUCUGUGGAGCGGCUGAUGGGAUCCGGCUCUCCAAUGCGCUGAAAGCCAGGUGCGUCCGCCCUCGGCUCACCCUGUACAUGUCCAGGGAGCCCCAAGCCAAUGGCAGAGACAGCCCCGAGGACUCGCCCCCAGCCACAUACCAAGAGGUCUAUCUGGAAGAACUCACUGCCACAGAACUGACCAAUAAACUGGCAGAGCUGCUCAGCCUCCCGGCCAACCAGAUCCAGCAGGUUUCCAAGCAGGGCCCGACGGGGAUUCACAUCCUCAUCAGUGACCUGAUGGUCAGAAACCUGCCAGAUGAAUCCUGUUUCAUAGCAGCUGUUACCAAAGUGCAGGCUCCAGAAGGCUACCACUUAAUUUUAAGAUAGGCGCAGAGCGACCUAGGACAGUUCAGCGCCGAGAAGCGCAAUGAGAGAAGCGAUGCCAAAUCACUGUCUGGACCCAAGGGAGAUUUCCCCACAAAGCAGCUGGUGAAGAAGCCAACAGGAGGAUUUCCCAGUGAGGCAGUCCCCUCCCAGUGCUGGAAAGAAUCUAGGCCAGGACAGCCGCAGCGGCCCAGGGCUGCAUUUGUGAAAUGGCCAUGUGCCUCCUGGUUGAACACAUGUUCUUUGUGUAGCCUUAAAGUGCGGCACAUUAUGUUUACACGGAUGCUCCAUGGCGGCACUGUCGUACACACAGCCAGUGGCCUCCUGCAUCACGCAGGGGCUCGGCCAUACGGAGCUCACCUCUAGGCUGUUGGUGCAAAUCCAGCAUAAGUCAGUAAUAAUAUUCAGUCACCUGGAGGCCUCUACGUCAUGAGGUUAGUGGGGGAAAUCUGUGGACAGAAGACCCAAUGUCCAGUGAGCUGGGCACCCGACCCCCUUGGGAACCUUUUCAAAUCCCUGCCUGCUGGGGAAUCCCCUUGCCCCCCUUUAAAUUCUCCCCUUCACAGACCUGACUUGUAAGCAAAACCUCAGACUGAGGUAAGCAGGCUCCUUUAAAUAUUGUAUCAUCUGGUUUAAUGUUAACACUGAAAACCAA